ACUAGCUUACGUGUGUUAUUUACUCCUCCGUCUCAACACAUAUUUUACAUGGCGCAGUUGAAUAAAUCUACGUGAAAUUGGAAUUAAAUUGUACUAAAUUACGGUCCGUGUCCGGUUUUAUAAAAACAGUUAGUGUGAAGUUCAUGCGAGAAGUGUAUUAUUGAUGUGAAAUUUAACUAACCUGUGAACAAUGGAAGCCGUGUUACAACCACCCGCGCCAUUUCAAUUUGAGAACAAUAUUUCAAGUGUUACUUCGGGAAAUUUGAGUAAGGCGUGGCAAAAUUGGAAAAGUUCAUUUAAUAUAUAUUGUGAGGCAUGCGAAAUUAAUAAAAAAGACGAGAAGGUCAAAACUAAUAUUUUAUUGCACGUCAUCGGACCUAAGUGCAGAGAGGUAUAUCAGCAGUUUUCGGUGAAACCUACGACCUUGGAGGCACUUUUAAAAGCAUUUGAUGAUUUCUUUUUGCCUAAAACUAAUACGACAGUAGAAAGGCAUAGGUUUUUCACGCGAGAACAAAAACCACAAGAAUCGGCGGAGCAAUAUGUUUUUGAACUCAAUAAAUUGGCUGCUAAGUGUGGUUUCAAGGAUUUAUGUGAUGACCUUGUAAAAGAUCGCUUGAUUUGUGGUAUACGAGAUACAACUCUGCGUGAGCGUUUAUUACGAGAACCAGAUCUAAAACUUAGUUCUGCGUUGGAUAUUUGCCGGCUAGUGGAGAUGUCGCAAGUACAAGCCAGUACAAUAAAACCAGAAUCGGAGACCCAUCGUGUACAUGAAUUAAGCCCUAAUUGUGGUACCAAAACAAAAAAUGAAGACGUAGAGGAAACUGUAAAUUGGGUAAAUAGUUCGCAUUGUCGUUGUGGAGCUCGUGCGGUAAGAGGCGCGCCCCCCGCAGCCGCAGCCGCCGCCCCCGGCUCGUGGGAGCCGCGCGGGCGCCGCCGGCGCGCUCGCGGACGAGGAAGAGGUCGUCGCGCUCCUGCAGUCCCCGUGCAGGCGGAUAGGGCUCCUAGGCCUGGGCCUAGUAACGACUCGGCUCAUCAUUCGCGAUCGUAUCAAGUGUGUUCGAAAUGUGGCGGUAAUCACGCAUAUAAUAAGUGUCCCGCGUAUGGUGUGCGUUGUGAUAGUUGUAAUGGUUACAAUCAUUAUGCGAAGAUGUGCAGGAGGUUUGUGUAUGCUGUGGAGGGAGCCUCCAGUGAUCAGGACAGUGAGAGCACCUGAUCGCUGGGGUUACACCGACACGCACCGAAGAGACUGAGACUUGUAUGUAGGUACUUACUUAGAUAUAACGAAUAAUAUCUACUCUUCAUUGAUUCUGAACUUAUUAAUGUAAUUUAGAUACCUAUAAGAUAUUAUGCUUGAAUAAUGUAUUUACAAAAAAAUUUGCAUGUAUGUACUGUGUUCAUGUAAGUUAAUAUUAUAGUGAUUAUUG